UUUUGCAAUCAUCGGACGUGCCUUUACCUUCAUUACCUUAUCCUUCACAUCUGUAGAUCGCAACAUCGAUUGCAAGUUUAAUAUAAGAAUUUAUAAAAGAAAAUAUAAAAUACAGUGAUUCUUUUUACAGUUUUUAUUGAUAGUACAUAUUGACAAUGGUUGCUCGUCCGCCGUCACCAGUGGGCGCUUUGAUUCCGCGGUUCUUCGCAGGACGCCAUGUUCUUAUCACGGGCGCCACUGGAUUCAUGGGCAAGGUGCUAGUAGAGAGGUUACUGUCGACAUGUCCUGAUAUAGGUUGCUUAUAUCUUCUGUUAAGACCGAAGAAGGAGGUCGCACCAGAAAAGCGUCUCCAACAGUUAAAACAGUCGCAGGUGUUUGACGUGAUACGCCAAACUAAUCCUGCACAACUGGAUAAGCUGCGAGUGAUCCCGGGAGACGUAUCAGAACCCGGCCUAGGGUUGCCACAAUCUGCUCUUCAAAUUCUAAACGAGGUUUCUAUAGUCUACCAUUCUGCUGCGACUCUAAGAUUUGACGAGCCCCUGCCGAUGGCUGUGCGACAAAAUGUUCUAUCAGCGAUACGCAUGAUGGAACUCUGUGAUCAAUUGCCAAAUAUUGAGGCGUUCAUGCACGUAUCUACUGCAUAUAGUAAUUCAGAGAAUUCGCACGUGGGAGAAAAAGUGUACGAGCCGCCUGCGCAGCUGCACCAUCUCUUAUCGCUGCUAGAAGUUAUGCCUCCGCGUCUAUUGGCAACCAUUACUCCUCAAUAUAUAUCCCCAAAGACCAACACGUACACGUUUACAAAGGCCAUGGCGGAGGAGGCAGUGAGGCUGCAUGGCACACAGCGGUAUCCCACCGCGAUAUUCCGACCUACUAUAGUGGUAUCCUCGCUACAGCAUCCCUUCCCCGGAUGGAUCGAGAACCUGAACGGUCCGAGUGGCAUCAUAGCGGCGGCGGGCAAAGGUCUCCUACACGUGUUCACGGUGAAGGAAUCCGCGCGCGCAGACAUGCUGCCAGUUGACAUCGCCAUAGACACGCUUAUCGCCGCGACAUGGGAAACUGCCAUAGACAAAUCAAAAGACAUACGAGUGUACAAUUGCAGUACACAAGAGAAUCCAACAACAUGGGGACAUUUCGAGAAGGCCAUGCGCAUGUAUAUUCGAGAGUACCCAAUGAACAGCGUCAUUUGGUAUCCAUCAGGAACUGGAGUUGAGAAUAGAUACGCGCAGAAGAUUUUGGAAUUUUGUUUACAAACUUUGCCACUGCAUGCCGCGGAAUAUAUACUACGCAGUGUCGGAAUGAAGCCACAAUUGAACCUCAUCACAGCGUCUCAGAAAAUGAGCGCAAUGAAUGGUGUCCUUGGCUUCUUCGCCCUCAACGAAUGGGAUUUUGACACACACAACGUACAGAAACUGCGCUCUCGCUUGUCAUUAGAGGAUCGACGCAUAUACAACGUGGAUCCUAAUUCCAUCAACUGGCAAGAACUCUACAGAAAUUUCGUCAAAGGCACGAGGCGAUACCUUUUGAAAGAAAAAGACCAAGACAUAGAAAAGGCAAAGCGACAUAUGCAGAAGAUGUAUUAUCUCCACAAAGGUGCAAUUAUGUUCACGAUACUUCUGGUCUUCCGACUGAUGCUGCAGAACAGAUACAUGCGAGACCUGGUUUAUGGAAUUCUCAGGCUAUUGAUGUACAUUGUCAGUACCACAUACUCCCGAGUUACUGCACAAGUGUAGGCUAAGUUAGUUUACCAUAAUAGCUUUAGAACUGUAUGCAGUUUUCCAAACUAAUUCGACUUUUAUAAGUCAAAUCGAUUUUCUGAAUGUCCGUUUACGAAAUAAUUCAAUGAACACUACAAUUAUUUGAAGAAAUUUGCAAUUCGAAUCGCGGUAAACAAACAUUUUUCAAAGUCAAUUAUUGAAAUUUAAUAUGGCUCCAUUUCUGAAUCUCUUAUAAAAUAUCUGAAGAAAAUUUUUGGUUAUGCUUAGCAAUUGACAAUUUUAAACUUAAUAUAUUAUGUGAUAGAUAAUAUUAAGGAUAGACCCUAAUAAAUAAAUAUUUUAAUUAGUAUGAGUUAUCAAAAAAAAAUUAAAAAUAUGAACAGAUUCAAAACUAUACUAAUGACUCUCUAUCCGUAGGUAUUGAGAACAAAAUCCCUGUUUAAAAACAUAAUGUUAUCUCUGUUUUUUCAAAGAUGUUGACAGGGAUGACGAUAUUUUUUAUUCAGUGAUUUUAGUAUCGCAAACCCCCACUCCCAUAAUAUUUUUUUUUCUUGGCUUUCACACAAAGUAUAUUUAGCCACUGACAAGUAGCUGACAAGCUAUAAUUAAAAUUAUAAAUUAAAUUGUGUCAAUUAAAAAGAAAGUGAAUUUAUUUGUUUUUUUUGGGUCUAUCACUGUAAAUAUACGGUUUUUACGUGGUUUAAAAGAAGUGAUAGUAUUUGUAUAGUAGAA